CAUCCCAGCCCAAAUUCAAACCCCCUCUAAAUCCUCGGCUGCUUUCCUCUUCAUUUCCCUGGAGAAACCCCACCACCCUCGAAUUCUCGAACCCAAAUCUUCUGAGAAAACAUAGGGAAAAGGAACAUGAAUUUCCUCAAGCCCAAACACCUGGACACGCCUUCAGCAUCAAAGCCACCACAACUCAAUCUCCAGCAAGCUCUCACCGACAUUCAAAAUCACUGCUCCGCUUUUCUCAGCCACUUCCCCAAUCUCCCAUUCGACCCUAAAACCCACUUCGAGUCUACCAUCUCCAACCUCCAAAACCACGCCAAACGCGCCCUACGAUGCCCCGGAAAGGCUCCAGUUUGGGCUCGUAUUCGCGGGGAUGGAGGGGGCAUGCCCGCAAGUGCAAUUGAGGAGCGGUUGGCGGGAGUGCCCGUGUACGCCCUCAGCAACUCUUCGGAUGAAUUCGUGUUGGUUUCGGGUGUGAGGACUGGGAAGUCCCUUGGGUUGUUUUGUCUCAAGAAGGAGGAUGCUGAGACGCUUCUCGAGCAGAUGAAAUUGAUGGACCCCGGAAUGCGGCAAGGCUCCAAAGUGGUCGCUGUUGCUCUGAACAAGGUUUUUCAGCUAAAGCUUGAUGGGGUUGCAUUUAGGUUGAUGCCGGACUCAACCCAAGUCAAGAAUGCACUUAGAGUGAUGGAAAAGGCUGGUUUUUCUGAUGAUGGCUUCUCCGGGGUUCCAGUUUUCCAGUCAAGGAGCUUGAUACUGCAGAGCCAAGACAAGAAAUAUCGGCCAGUUUUUUUCAGAAAAGAAGACCUAGAGAAUUCAUUACUAAGUGCUUCCAACCAGCAGAACCGGUUAAACCCUGCCUUCAGACAGGGGGAUAUUCAGGUUGCUGUCUUUGAGGAAAUAAUAAAGGGGAUGCAGGAGAAUGCUAGUAGGCAGUGGGAUGAUGUUGUUUUCAUUCCACCUGGCUUUGAUGCAUCAAUCAGUUCUCCCCAGCAACAGGCUACUGCAAAUGGUUAGGUGGUGAGACAUGUUUGAGUUAAUCUCCUGAUAUAAUGUCACUGCUAGUCCUUUCUCCUUGUGUCAUAACUGAUACAUGAAAAGUGGUUGCCAAUGGAGAUGAAUUUCAGAUGGUGCUGCCUAUCAGUUAUGGCAAUAUACUUUCAGUUAUACCAGGUCAGAAAAAUGAAACAUUUGUAAGGUUCUUCUGUACCACCUUUUUUUGUUGUUUCUGCUGCUGUUGCAACUUCUGGUGGCCAAUAUGUCCUGGUAGUUAAAUCUUUCCUUUCUUGA